UUUAGUUUUUCUUACACAUCCUGGCUACUUCCGCAACUGUCUGUGGGGGAAAAUGCAUAAUGAUCAUUUCAUUUCUUUAAUUUUCUUGUAGUUUUAAAGAAAAUCAUUAACUACACAUAAACACAGAUGGCAUUAAGCAUAGAAAAGAUGUUGGGGGAUGCUCAGAUCCUGGUAGCCCGACUUAGAGAACAUGAUUCUACAGCAGAUAUACUUAUUGCUCAUACACAGACACUGCACAAACGGCUAGAUGCUAUGAAACAGUAUCAAGAUGAUAUUAACGAACUGAAUGAAAUAGCAAAGCACCGUCCACGCUCAACCCUGGUGUUGGGUAUUGCCCAGGAGAAUCGUCAGAUUCGAGAGUUGCAGCAAGAGAAUCGGGAACUCCGUUUGUCUCUGGAGGAACAUCAGCAGGCUCUGGCUUUGAUCAUGCAGAAAUACAGGGAGCAGAUAAUGAAGUUAAUCCAAAGUAACAAACAGGAGAAGACUAUUGCACACAGGAAAGAGCAGUCGCAGAGUCUAGAAAAGUUGAUCGAUAAAAUAAGUGAAAUGGCAGCGGUAAUGCAUAAAGCAGUAACCGUGGAUGAUGAAAACUUUGCCAAAAAUAAAGAGAAGUUGGAUCAACUGCAGUAUGAGAACAAUGGUCUCCGAGAAAUUCUGGAGGUCUGCACAACAGCCAAGCAGAAAAUUCUGGAGAAUGUUUCUGUGGACACAGACAAUAAAGCAAUACAAACCGAGGACUUAUCUAGAGUGUCAGACUCAGACGACAAUAUAUCGCUGGACUCCGUAAGCACAGUGGUGGAGCAAGAUGACAUUGGUCAGGAGACCUAGAUACCUGAGUGUCUGUAUGUAAUCUGACCUUGAAGUGGGUGGACAGCUACCUGUACCACGUCUGUAUUUAAUCAGGGCAAGCAGUGAGUGGGACAGAGAUGUGUGGCUGUGUAGCAUAGACCGCCAUUUAUGUAUUAAAGAUGUGCUGUAUUUUAGGAAUACCAUGUAAUGUGUAUAUAUUAAAAGUAUUUAUAUUUUCUGAUUUGUUCUUGUAUGAUUGCAUGUAAUACAUAAUGUAUGUACUUUUUCACAUUGACUCUGGCCAAAAUCAUUUUUUUUUCAUAGCAUUUUCUUCUUUCUUUUUUUUUGCAAUAUUGAAAAAGGGGGAUUCAUUUUCAACUUAAAUUAAAACAUUCAAAAUGGCUUUUUCCCUUGGCAUAUGUUGCAAAUAAUUUAAAAAAAAUGUCUAUUUCAUUACUGCUAUAUUUUGAAGUUUUUUGCCUGAUCUGAAAUUUUGUUUUGGCCUUAUAUGUACCUUUAUAUAUGGUGUUUAUUAGGCUAGCUUUAUUGCAAUAAACAUGGUAAAUUUG